UUAAUUUUUGAUGCCAUUAAGAUAGACUGCCACAACAUCGUAUCUGUGAAAUGAAGGCUAGCUGUUGCUGCCUUAUAAGUUCCCCUUUCAUGCGAAGUGCCCAAUAUGAAGAACCAUUGGAUUUAUUUGCUGUUAUUUUUGACUUGCUGCUUCGAAAAAACUAAAGGACAGAUUCCAAGAGACGUAAAAAUCGCCAUAAGAUGGGUUAAUAAAGAAAAUCCACUCAGACAUUAUUGUCUAAAUGCUGAUGGGCUGAGUAUGAGUGAUGGAAAGAAAAUAAGGGUUUUCGUUGGAAACUGCUGUGACUAUCCAAAAUUUAAUUGGAAUGGCAUGACGGGAGAAAUUUACAGCGAAGAUGGACAAGUUUGCAUCGGCAAAUCUUCACUCUAUUCUGACGUCAAGUUUACAAGAAAUUUUGCUGAAUGCGCUUCAUUUUUCCUGAAUGGCAUGGGAUUGCUUGAAAUUUCGGGUGUAUUAUUCAGAGCAUGCAUUGUGCCAGACUUGAAUGAUGGGGACAGCAAAUACAAUUUUUGUACCCUCAGACACUUCACUAUCAAAGGAGGCACAUGCAACGCACCAACUGUUGAUUCAAGCAAUUUGUGGCAGCAUCUUGCUUUUGGGAUUUACAUAUAUUGUUGGCUGCCCGAUUCAUUUUCUGAUGGAAAAAUAGUAAAAGACACACGCGAGGAUUGCUGCAGUAAAUUCAGAUUUAUUUACAAAUCUGACAGGACAUUUUUUGUGCAGUCUACUGAAGAACCAGGAGAAUUCUGUCUGCAGGUUGAUGGCAUGCCUCACAAUAAAUACAACGAAUUGGAUGGAAAGAAUAUCAAACUCAGAAAUGAGUGCAAGGGAUCUGCCUUCGUUUAUGACACCAUGUUUAAAUUACUAAGAAUCGAAGGCACUGACAGAUGUCUUUUUCGAACAUCGUCCAAUGAGAUCAAAGUGUCUGCAUGCUACCAAGGCUAUUCCUACCCAUAUAGUCAAGGCACAUGUUCUGCCACAGCAACAUCCAUUUAUACAGUUGCUUCUAGUGUGCCUCCAGUCCAAAGCACUCUGCAAACACAAUCUUCAUCGAGCAGCAUCGUGCUGACGUCAUCAACCAUGACAAAAACCCAUGCCUUGUCAUCGUUCUCGUCGUUACCUCUGACUACAAUGAUCAGUGAGGUCCCAACCUCCCCGAUACUAGGAACCUCGUCUAUACCAAUGACAUCUUUGGCUAUACGAAGCUCAGUUGCUUCUAGUGUGCCUCCAGUCCAAAGCACUCUGCAAACACAAUCUUCAUCGAGCAGCAUCGUGCUGACGUCAUCAACCAUGACAAAAACCCAUGCCUUGUCAUCGUUCUCGUCGUUACCUCUGACUACAAUGAUCAGUGAGGUCCCAACCUCCCCGAUACUAGCAACCUCGUCUAUACCAAUGACAUCUUUGGCUAUACGAAGCUCAGGAAUUUCUUAUACAACGGUCUCAGUGCUUCCAUUUACACCAAUUUACAUUGGCGAACCUGUGAAUGGUGAUUGGGCCCAGUGGACACAAUGGUCUUCUUGUUCGGUCAAUUGUGGAAAUGGAAUACAAGAGCGCUCCCGUUACUGUGACAAUCCUGCUCCUAGAAAUGAUGGAACGAAUUGUGUAGGUAGCACAAGGGAGACAAAACCAUGCAAUAUGUCAACAUGCUCCGGAAUUGCUGCAGCAAAAGUAACCGAAAACUGUACUUAUCACUGUGAAAAGCUGGGACUCAAAUGUGAUCCAGCAAUAUAUACAGGCAAUUCAAUACAACCAUUCUUUGAUUCCAAUUUCACCUGCUCGUCAGAUGACAGUGGCAAAGUAUGGACCAAUUAUUAUGAGCCAGCAAUCUAUAUAAAUAACAACAAAUGCUGUGGAUAUAUCAAAAUUCCUUCCCUCGUUGGGUGCCAUGUGAAGCCUCCUAAUGGAAUUCGCAGGCUUUGUCAAUGCUAUUCCAAAGACGAUGCAGGGUACUACCCGUGGACUCCUUGGUCAGAAUGCACAAAGACUUGCAAUACAGGAAGUAAAACACGUACCAGGUUGUGCGUUAAUCACACCAUGGAAGCGGAGACAUGCAAAGGGAAUUCAAGUGAAACGGUUGACUGCAACGUCAUCAAAUGUCCAGUUGAUGGUGGCUUUGUGCAGUGGUCGCCUUGGAGUCAAUGUUCCAAAUCAUGCGCAGGAGGAAAAAGAACACGAAAUCGAACAUGCACGAACCCAUACCCUGCCUAUGAAGGUGCCAUCUGUUAUGGCAAAUACAUUGAAGAAAAGUCGUGCAAUCUAUGGUUUUGCCCAGUUAAUGGAGGAUGGUCAUCGUGGACUGAGUGGCAACAUUGCAAUAAGCCUUGUAACCAUGGGAACAAAACUCGAAAAAGAUUCUGUGAUAACCCACUCGCAAUGUAUGGUGGGAUACCAUGCCAGGGGAACAACCAAGAAUCAAAUCAAUGUAACCCAACGAUAUGUCCAAAUAUAACGAUUCAGCUUAGCAAUGUUGCGAUUGAUGAGCCAUGGAGAAGUGAAUAUCAAAAUCAAGGAGGUGCUUCUUUUCGCCGUUAUGAGCAAAGAAUCCACUCAAAUAUACAAGAAUUGCUGCGGCAUGACUUUCUAAGCAUGAUUUCAGUAACUGUUCUUGAAAGUUUAAGUGAAGGAAGUGUGAUUGCCUCGUUCACUUUGCAUUUCACUGCACUUGAUUCGUUCCAAGCUCUGUUCCUAAUGGAUGCUAUUGACAACGAUCAUUAUCUCGGCAAACUACCAAUUGUCGAAAAUAAAACCGCCAGUUUUUCAUCACCGAUUGUUCCAUCGAGUCCCCCAUCAAAUAUGACAGCGGUCAGCAAUGACGCCAGUUCCAUAGAUGUUUCCUGGAAUGAAAUUCCGAGCUCGGAUCAAAAUGGUGUAAUUACCGGCUAUUUGGUGUUUUACCGGGAAUCAUCAGCUACGACAUACACAAUUGCUGCAACAACGCAGCUCAAACUAAAGAUUCAAGGGCUGUCUGCUGCUACCAGUUAUUCAUUGCGAGUGCUGGCAUACAAUUCAAAUGGAAAUGGCAUUGCUAGUGAACUUAUCACAUUAACAACUAGAGAAAAAGCACCAAGUCUUCCGCCGCAAUCAAUAUCAGUUGUUCCUAUGAGUGCCUUUUCAUUGUUUGUUGAAUGGACACACCCUCCAAAGCAUAGCUGGAAUGGCAUCAUUGCUGGCUACAAAGUUGACAUUAAGUCAGAUGACGGCAGCUUCUCCCAAUCUCUGAAUGUUGAUGGAACAAUGGUUAACAUGAACGUAAAUGGAUUAUCGCCAGAUAGGUUGUACAUCGUCGAUGUAUGUGCAUCGACCUCCGUUGGCACCGGUCCCUGCAUACGCUCUUACAACAAAACAUUUGUUAGCACUCCUUCAAUAUCUCCAGCCAAUGCAGGAUGUCAGAACAGAACCUCAACAAGCAGCAUAAUUGUCAGUUAUGAGCCAAUUCCAAUUGCAUUUAUUCACGGAAUUUUGAAAGGGUAUCGAAUUGAAUACCGUCUGAUGAGUGUAGGAUCACAGUCGAAAUCAAACAGUCAUAUACAGGCUGUGACUGUGAGUCCAUUCAGAAAACAAGCAACUCUUGAAAAACUUGAACCAAACAGCGUCUACGAGAUUCGUGUCAUGGCUGUCAAUGAGCAUGGUGCAGGAGUAAAAUCGCCUGUAUUUUAUGGAGAGACAUGCUCCUGUCCAGCAGUAAUUUACACGAACUAUGCUUCCCAAAGACCGUACAUAUACUAUGACGCUAGCGGCAACAUGAAGGGCAUCUUCACCACGUUGCUGCAUAACAUUACGUCUUCGAUAUGUGGAAGUUGCAAUGGAACUAAGAGCAAGAUAGAUUAUUUCAAUGAUGGAAAAAAUGGCUGGGCGGAUAAGAGAAGCUUUUUACAGGUCACUAGGGCAAUCGAUGACUUCGUUCACAUCAGCUUUGCCGUACCAGGAAGCCUAGAGCUGCCAGCUUUUCUAGGAAAGCCAUACAUAUCGCUAGUUGAACACCCAGGAAUGGUUCUCUUUACUGCCAAGCCAACCCGUGCAGAGCAAAUUGCCGAUAUGAUGAAUGCACUCUUCAAACUAUGGCCUAUUCUCGCUAUCAAUCUUUUAUUCAUCUUGUUAGCUGGCAUUAUUUUUUGGGCACUUACUUUUGAUGAGACUCCAAAAUACCAUUGUUGCAGUUUCUUCUCUGGUUCCUUACGAGGCGUUUAUUGGGCCUACGUCACUAUUUUUACUCAUGGCUACGGCGAUAUCACUCCAAACACGAUUGUGUCAAGACUUUUUGCAGUCAUUUGGAUUUUGAUUGGAUUGGUAUCGGCAGCCAUUUUGAUUGGUGGCUUAACGACAGCGCUGACAACAGCCAGCGUUCUACCUGACGUCACAUUGUAUGGGACCAAGCUUGCCACACUAGAUGGUUCCAAGGAAAGACUCGUUGGAAUUUACAGAAAUGCUAUAGUUAACUUGGGAACAAAGUACGAGACGGUAGAUGCCGUAUACAGAGCACUGAACGAAAGAAAAGUGGAGGCAGCUCUAGUGGACGCAUACGUUGUUGCAGGCCGACCAGAUCUGUUUUCAGAUAAAGCAAUUAUCGCCCGUAAAAUGAUCAAAUAUUCUUUUACUUAUGGAGUGGUAGUAUCCGGAGCCAUGGAGAACACCGGAGCGAACAUAAAAAAUUAUGUCUCAGAAUAUCGCCAGUACAUCGCUAAAAUGAUUGAAAGUACGACACCCAUAUUUUCUGUGAAUUCCAAAAUUGACAGUAUAACUUCUCUUUUUGACCCAUCUUCUUCAUUCCUGAGACUGAAUUUGAUUAUAUUGUGUGGCGUGCUUGUGUUUCUACUACUUCUGGGAUUGAUUUACACGUGCGUUGGUAAAUACCGUGCAAAACACCGUAGCAGCAAAAAAGACUUUACUGACAAGUGGCUGAAAAUCAUACAAGAUGGCAUCUUUGCAGACCUUGAUAUUCUGUGUAGAAAAAUUGAGCUACAUGCCGUAAAUCAAUCAAAAAGGCUUUUAAAGGUGCAGAGAAAACGUUACGGUCACAAGAAUGGAGGAGCAAUGAAUGACGGGAUACGCCUGGGGUCAGCUGAUGGAAAGGACAGUGUGGUAAUGAGGUUCUACAAAGACGAGAGGAUAAUUAAAAGGCUGGAUGCAUUGUUGGCAAAAGAGGCAGCAAAUUCACGCAAACAGGAGACACAUUUUAUUAAACAUUUUUAAGGCUUUAUCUUUAGAAAUCAGAAAAAAUAUUUUGAGAAACUGAUUCAGAAAGUUUGCAGAUGUGGGUUGCUACAGUUUAAAUGGAAUCACCCGUUGUUGCCAAAGUCUUUCGUGCAAAUUAGCAAAAUGCCCAAGCCGUCUUCAACUGAAUGCUUGACAAAAAUCUGAAACUUUGUUUUCAUUCGUUGCAUCUUUGGUAUGUAUCGUAUUAAGCUUGUUUUCUGCAACGAGUGCCCUUCCGAAAGUUGGACCCCUUCAAAGUCGUUUCCUUCCAAGUUAUAAAUGUGUUCUUUGUCCUUGCUCAGGUGGAUUGAUGAUCUUAGC